AUGACUUCCUCUACCAUGAAGGUUGCCUUCUUCGGCGCCUCGGCCGGCUGCAGUCUCGAGACGCUGACCUUGCUUCUGCGCAACAUGCCUUCCCCCUCGAGCACCUUCCAUGCCAUGGUCCGCUCCCCAGCCAAGCUGCAGGGCGUCUUGCGAGAGCGAGGCCUAGCCCACCAUAUUGGGUCCACCGUCUACAUUUACGAGGGAGACGCACUAGUACAGAGUGAUAUUGAGAAGUUCCUCACCCAAGCAGACACGACAGGAGAGGGCGCUAUCAGCCACAUUGUCUCUACAAUGGGCCCCGUGGGCAGUAUAAACUGGCUCAAGAUUUGGGACCCAGUCGUCAUCUCAAAGGAACAGCACUUUAUGUGCUACAAGACGAUGAAGAUUAUUCUCGCCAGCAUGGAGAAGCUUGUCGCUUCGACUGGCGCUGCUGUGGCCCCUGAACUCGUCGUGGUCACAUCCAAUGGUAUGACAAAGAGUUCCUUUGCGGCUCUGCCCUUACUCUGGAGGUUCACUUAUCACUGGCUGCUUAAGACGCCUCACGAAGACAAGUACGCCAUGGAAGUCUUGCUCCACACGACAUACUCUGCGCCCUCUACCGACUUCAACCUUCCGGGAUCUCCUCAUGCGGGCAAAUCUUCCAAGGUCUUCCACAGUGAUCGACUGGCAAUCCUCCGUCCAUCGUUCUUCGUCGAUGGAGCAAUGACGUGCAAGUAUCGUGUCUCGGGGGACCAGGAGAACCUCAAGGGUGCUUGGACCAUCAACAGAGGUGACGUCGCUCACUGUCUUACGACCAAGAUCCUCGGCGUACCUGUGGCUACCGAAGAAGGAGGUGCCAGUGAUGAUAGCAUUGUAGAGAAGUGCAGAGGAGCAUUCGUAGUGGCCCACUGA